AUGGCAGAAACCCAUUUACCCUCCACGACUCUUCUAUGUAUAUUUGUGUUGUUUGGUUCGGCUCUAGUGGUGGUUGAAUCAGCGAUAGGAGUGAACUGGGGGACAGUGUCACUCCACAAGCUAUCUCCUUCAACGGUGGUGGAUCUCUUGAGAGAAAAUAACAUAAAAAAGGUGAAGCUGUUUGAUGCGGACCCUGGUGCCCUUAGAGCUUUGAUGGGGAGUGGGAUUGAGGUAAUGGUAGGGAUACCCAAUGAAUUGUUGGCUGUCCUGAGUACGUCUACCACCGCUUCUGAUUUAUGGGUUGGCCAGAAUGUUUCCCGAUUUAUGGGUAAAGCCGGUGUUAAUAUCAAGUACAUUGCAGUGGGAAAUGAACCCUUCCUUACAACUUACUCUGGUCAAUUUCAGUCUUAUAUCAUCCCUGCUCUGAUGAAUCUGCAACAGUCCUUGGCUAGAGGAAACCUUGAAGGCACCGUAAAGCUAGUCGUCCCUUGUAAUGCUGAUGCUUAUGAGUCUUCACUUCCUUCCCAAGGAGCCUUCCGACCUGAACUGACCCAGAUUAUGACUCAACUUGUUUCAUUCCUAAACUCCAAUGAUUCUCCGUUUGUGGUCAAUAUCUACCCAUUUCUAAGCCUCUAUGGAAACACAGACUUCCCACAAGACUAUGCAUUCUUUGAGGGAACAAACCACCCUGUGGCUGAUGGAACAAAUGUUUAUUACAAUGCAUUUGAUGGAAAUUUUGACACUUUAGUUGCAGCCCUCAGCAAAAUUGGGUAUGGUCAGAUGCCUAUAGUUAUAGGCGAGGUGGGUUGGCCUACAGAUGGGGCCAUCAGUGCAAAUCUUACUGCUGCAAAGGCUUUCAACCAAGGCCUUAUAUACCACAUUCUAAGCAACAAAGGAACACCUCUUAGACCUGCAGUGCCACCUAUGGAUAUUUAUCUUUUUAGUCUCCUUGAUGAAGGUGCAAAGAAUGUACUUCCGGGGACCUUUGAGAGACACUGGGGGAUUUUCUCUUUUGAUGGCCAGGCAAAGUACCAACUAAAGCUAGGUUUGGGCGGAGGAUUACUAAAGAAUGCAAAGGAUGUUCAGUAUCUUCCUUCUAGGUGGUGUGUGGCAGACCCAUCCAGGGAUCUUUCUGGUGUGGCUAACCAUUUUAGGCUUGCUUGUAGUGUUGCAGAUUGCACAACUCUCAACUAUGGGGGAUCGUGUAAUGAAAUAGGGGCAAAGGGAAACAUCUCGUAUGCAUUCAACAGCUAUUAUCAGUUACAGAAACAGAAUUCUCAGAGCUGUGAUUUCGAUGGACUUGGAAUGGUCACUUUCCUAGAUCCUUCAGUUGGCGAUUGCAGAUUUCUUGUUGGGGUCACCGAUAGUAAUUCUCCAGGUUUUGGUUUGUAUUGUAGGUGGGUAAUUGUCUGGUUGAUGAUUUACUGGGGUGUUUGGAUUUUGGUCAUGUGAGACGUGGUUUCUUAAGUGGGUUUUUCAGGGUCCCCCUUCUGAAACUUUUGAUUGGUAAAAGAUGAAAUAGAGUGAAUGCUAGUUAGUUAUAGUGAAUGUUAUUUUAGUAAUGCUUUUGGGUGGGAAAAAAGAAAAAGUUUGUUGAUUCAAUGUUAUUGUAGCUUAGUACUGUGGUAGUGAAAGCGUCAAUGCUGAAAUUAUCCAUUUGAUAAUUCGUAUAUGCUAUUGAUUGUAUGUGGU